AGCAGAUGAUAUGGCAGCUUUGAGAGCGACCAGGUGGAACUUGCUUUGUUAAAACGGCCAAACGUGUAAAUAUGAAGACUGUGUGACUCGGACUCCGCGUCAGAGCAGCUGCUCGAGAUGAUUUACUUAAUGCUCAUUUCCGCGUUGUCCGGAGCAGUCGUUACGUUGAUAUUACAGUUCUUGCUGAUUUACCGGAGGAGCCCCGAGCCCGUGAGCAGGACAGUGCAGUAUGUCAAAGUAGUGCCUGAUAACGCGCUGAAGGAUUACUUUAAUACCCAACAUGCCGAACCAGGACAGCAGCAGCAGGACAGCACGACAUCUGCUGCAGCCAAACAGCAAGAGGCCGCCUCAACGCGGCAGCAGGAAGCGGCUGUCACCGGCGGCAGCCCCAAACAACAGCCGCCGCCGCCUUCACAAAGCGAGCCCAUUGAUGCAACCAAACCGGAGACGUGCAAUUUCUUAAACGCUAUAUUCCUGUUCCUGUUCAGGGAGCUCCGUGACACCCCCGUAGUCAGGCACUGGCUCACCAAGAAGAUCAAGGUGGAGUUUGAGGAGCUGCUGCAGACCAAGACAGCAGGUCGGCUCCUGGAGGGACUCAGUCUCAGGGACAUCUCCCUGGGUAAUUCUCUGCCGGUCUUUAAAACAGCUACACUGAUGAAACCGGUGCAUUUAAACGAGGACGGCAUGCCCGAGGAGCUCAACUUCGAGGUGGACCUGGAGUACAAUGGCGGCUUCCACCUCGCCAUCGACGUGGAGCUGGUGUUUGGGAAGUCUGCCUACCUGUUCGUGAAGAUGAGGCGCGUGGUGGGGAGGUUGAGGCUGCAGUUCACGCGCAUGCCCUUCUCCCAUUGGUCCUUCUCCUUCCUGGAGGACCCCCUGGUGGAUUUUGAGGUGAAAUCGCAGUUUGAAGGGAGACCGUUGCCCCAGCUCACCUCCAUCAUAGUCAAUCAGCUGAAGCGGGUGAUCAAGAAGAAGCACACCUUACCCAACUACAAGAUCAGAUACAAACCCUUCUUCCCGUUCCAAGUGCAGCCUCUGCUGGGUUCGGCCUGUGAUUUGGACCUGUCAGUCCAGGACAGCAGGCUGGUGGAAGGCCGACUCAAAGUCACCCUCAUUGAAUGUAGCAGACUGUUCAUCCUGGGUUCCUACGACAGAGAAACAUAUGUUCACUGCACCCUGGAGCUGAGCAGCAACCAGUGGAAGGAGAAGACUCGCAGCUCCAUCAAGCGGACGGAGGUCAUCAAGGGGCCAUGUGGCAGCGUGGGGAUGACCUUCAGGCAUGUUCCUGCCACUGAGGGCGACGCAGUCCACGUCAGCAUCGAAACAGUCACGCCCAACUCCCCCGCAAACUUGGCAGAUCUGCAGAAGGGUGAUCGCCUCAUCGCCAUUGGAGGUGUCAAAGUGACAUCCUCAGUUCAAGUGCCCAAACUGCUGAAGCAGGCCGGAGACAGGGUGUUGGUGCUGUAUGAGAGACCGGUUCGUCACCAGACUUCCUCUUUGGGAACCUUGGGAACUCUUCAGGAAGGGUUUGGGCAGCUUGAGGAAACAGGUUUUAUUCCCCAGCCUGGUGGUUAUGAGGAGGACCCAGCCCCCAUAACCACCCUGUCUGACAUGUCCGACAGCAAAGACAUGGACUCUGAGUUUGAAGAGUUGAUUGUAGACAAACCUGGCCACACUGGUGGCCCUAACAACAGUACCACAAAUACCAGUGACACUAAGGAGGAAUUCUUGCUCACAGUAAACCAAAGCCCCAAAAGGACUGUGGCCACCUUGGCCUCUAAGCCCCUCGGUACCAUAUCACCCAUUCUCAACCGCAAGUUAAACCUGGUGGGUCUUCAGUCACCACUCAAGCCUCAGCCCAAAGAGUCACCAAAGCCCUCACCACAUAAGACCAGUAGUGAUCCAGGGGAGGGCCUGCAGCGCCCAACAAUUCCUCCCCCACCUCCUCCCUCUCGCCCCCCAGUGCCACCAAGGCCUCAGAUAAGGUUGACAUCAGCCUCCUCAGAAACCAGUCUUUUAGAAGGUGUUGACUCUGUCACAACUGCUACUGCUGCUGUUGCUCCUGUUGUGACCAACACCACCAGUGCUUCUGAAAAAUCUCCAGAAAAAGCUCCUCUCUCUGGAGCCACAGAGGACAAGGCUGGCACUGAGAAGAUCUGUGUCAAACAGGCUGAGGCAAAGCAGUCCACCAGACCAGCAGAGUCCAGUGAUGAGCUGCCAGUCCCCCCCACUGUGACCAGCAGCAGCAAGGCUGACCAAGCAAAGGACAAAGCUUCAGAAAGCUCAUGCAGCACACGGGACAGUCUGGAGGACCACUCCAUCUGGGAGUCUCCAGAAACCAUGUUUCGUAACCAGACAGCACGCUGGCCCAAAGCCUCUAUGGUGUUUGAGGUAGAGAGCAACCACAAGUACCUUAACGUGGCCUUGUGGUGCAAAGAUCCCUUUAAGCUGGGUAGUUUGUUGUGCCUGGGUCAUGUCAGCCUCCAGCUGGAACACGUAGCCCUGGAGUGUAUGGCCACAUCUUCAGCAGAGUACCAGAGCACCUUUAGGCUGGGGCCUCCAGAGCCCAGAGCUAACGUCAGCCGCACCGCAUUGCGCAGCCUCAGCUCCCACAAGGGCUUCAACGAGAAACUGUGUUACGGAGACAUCACUCUGAACUUCUGUUACUUGGCUGAGGGGGACUUUGAGUAUCCAGGGGGGCUGGUGGAAAGGGAGCGAGAGGGGAGUCUUCAUGACGAGGAUCUAAAGGAGAGGGAGCGGGAGCAUGUCCCCUCUGCACCACGUGAUGACUUGGCCUACAGCACCAUGCAGGUGGAGGUUCGUCACAACUUCCAGGACACCCAGUUCCAGAACCCCACCUGGUGUGAGUACUGCAAGAAGAAAGUUUGGACCAAGGCAGCCUCUCAGUGUAUGGUCUGCGCCUACGUCUGCCACAAGAAGUGCCAGGACAAGUGCCUCUCUGAAAACCCCUUCUGUGUGGCAGCGACUGAACGUCGUGGAGCUGACCCUGAAGCCAAAUCAACCAUAAACCGGGCCACCACUGGCCUGACGCGCCACAUCAUCAACACCAGCUCCCGCCUGCUUAACCUUCGCCAGGUACCCAAGACUCGGCUAGUUGAACAGGUGGCUGAUGUGGUUCCUGGAGCGGUGGAGCCCUCACCCAAGCAUACACCCAACACUUCUGACAAUGAGAGCAGUGACACUGAGACCUACACCAGUGGUGCCAGCCCCUCCAAACAGCCUGCCAGCAGUGGUGGCAGCAGUAAACUCGUACGCAAGGAAGGUGGUUUGGACGACAGUGUGUUCAUUGCUGUGAAGGAGAUAGGACGCGACCUGUACCGGGGGCUGCCCACAGACGAGCGCUCCCAGAAGCUGGAGCUGAUGCUGGAUAAGCUGCAGCAGGAAAUCGACCAGGAGCUGGAGCACAACAACGCCCUCCUGCUGGAGGAGAGGGAGGCCACAGAUGCCCGGCGCAAGGCCCUCAUCAGUACUGCCCUGGCCAAGUCUGGGGAGAGACUGCAGGCCCUUACCUUGCUAAUGAUUCACUACCGGGCGGGCAUCGAGGACCUGGAGUCAGUAGAGAGCACCUCUCCUUCAGAGCAGCAAGGCUUUAAAGGAAAAGGAGAGGGUCUGGAGGAGGAGGCCCUGAUAGGAACAGAGGUCUAUGACAGUGACAUCUGCAGCCCUGUGGAGGUGCAGCUGUUGGAUGACAUUACUGAGGAGCAGAUCUGUGUGGAAGCUCUCCACUGAAUAAGACUAGAGACAGAAGGAAGAGGAUUGUUUGGACUCAUGUCUCCCUGCAGAACUGUGUCCUGUUUAGAUAAUGGUGGGGAUGGUGUUAAUAGUGGGGAAGUGUGGUUCACUUCAUUCUGAGGAGAAAACAAAUGUUGGUUAAAGGAAUCUUCUCCUGACAGAUUCAUGGUGAACGUGUCAUUGGUGUUUUGAUUGCACAGUGUGAUGCCGUUUCCAUGCUUUUCCAUGUGUUUCUGAGUUUUUAAAGGGAAGCUCGACAACUACAUUAUCACCUGCCCUCAGUAGUGCUGCACGUUUAUCCUCUACUUUUGCUUUUCUGUGGCUUCAACACCUCAUUGUAAGCAUUGGGUUCAGUUCACCGUCCUGUCUGUAACUGCUUCACCAUGAGGACUUUGGAAGAUGUGCACUUUUCUUUGGUCGACUGAAUCAUCGAGGACAAUGUUGAAUAUUUGCUUGUUGUGAACACUACAAAGGAAAAGCAGGUUUAGACCUCCAAGGACCUGAAGCAGUCACACAUAUCUUUUUUUUUUUUACUGUGAUAUAUUUGGAUUUCAGAAGUGACUUUCCCUCCUCACUAAGCUCUUUGGGAUUUCAGCAGCUGCAUAAUUAUUAGUGGAACCUCGUAUAUAAUUUGCCUCUUUCCUUUGGUCUAUUUGUCUGUGUUAGUGAAGCCAAACAUCUUUCAGCAUUUCUUUUUUUUAAAGAUAUAUAUAUUUCCAUGUUUUGUUUUGUUUUGCCAAGUAAUAACGUUCUGUUAAGAACAGCCCUAACUUAACUAACUAACUAACUAAACUAAGGCACAUAACUAAUCUUGGGUGAAAUGUGAGAAAGGCACAUAAUUGUGUGUGUCUUCAUGAGUUGUUUUCAUGAAUGAAUGUAUGUUCAGCCCUUUCUGUGUGACUGUAUAUACAGUAUAACAGUUUGGCACCACCCGUCCCCACCCUCCACUUCCUAGCCUGUUACACUGCGACACCGUACAUCUCUUCACUCCAGAGAGACUGUGGAGAAUAACUGCCUGUGAAGAGAAAGUAUCUCACUCUUCUGUCUCAAAGGAAAAAUGAAUCCUAAAACUGAAGAAUAGCUAUAAUCUGUUUGGUGAUGUCCUUCUCUUUCUUUGUUUUCUGUCUAUAUCCUGAUGGUUGUUUUGCCAAGCAGUGAAGCAUCACAUAUUUCUGGCAGAAAUAUAAUUGAGUGUGAUUGUGGAUAUUCAGUGAGGUUGAGUUUGAUAGCUCUCUAAAAUUAUCAGCAGCGGUCAGCAGUUGUUGGUGUCAGUGCAUCAGAAUUGGGACAUUCAAACAGGCGUACAGGCAGAACUCAGUUAGAGGAGAUGUACCAGUGCAGGGACAACAUCUGAUUGAGAGAUAGCUGCCAACCAGCCCUGCGUUCAAAAAACGAGAACAAUAUCCAGGAAGCCUGGCUGGAGUAACAGAAUCUUAUCAGAAGCUCCGACUGCAAGGUUUUUCCUGACAAUUACAAGGUAAACAGUAGAAAUAUGUUGUUCUCCACCAAGAAUGUACACUGUGCCGGCGGCCCGCCCUGCUGGGUCACACUGAUAUUAAAGGUUGAGCCAGUUUAAAUCUUUUUUUGCUAGAGACCAUGUGUUGACCCAGCUGGCCCCUGGACCACGUUUUUCGGCUGUGCUGAUGUCGGUCUGAGCACAACCUGGCACCUUUAUAAACCAUCUCUUAGGGCUGUUGAAUGGCAUUUUCGGAAAAGUAGGAUCAAGCCUUGAACAUUGGACAGCAGAAUCUAGGCCUGUCCAGCACAGGCAGUAAGCACAGGUGCAAAACUUUUUUCUAACCACAAGUAUGAGUGCAACACCAUCAAGUUCCUGGAGUUCAGCCUGUGAACACAUUGGAUGACACAUCAUGAAAACUCCAACCUUUUUAGCACCGAUACCUUUUUUUGUUUCCAACUACAUUGUCAUGGACCAGUAUACUCCAACCCCUUCAUGACUGAAAGAAAGAAUAAGUUUCAUUAAGAAAUAAACAAAUUAACUCCACACUUGAAAAAAGUCCUCUCAUUUUCUCUGUGUUUUUGUUUUUUUGCCCAUUUGAACAUGGUAGUUGCAGCAGUCGUAGGAACAGCACUCACAGAUCAAGUGGGUAGGUGGAUGAUGAUGGACUGGAUUUGUGUCUGCUGACCUGUUAAGAGCGUGGGAUGGAGUGACGAGGAAAGAUGCACCAAGUUACCUGAAACACAGCACAUAACGGCUUAAAAUGUUCUUUAGUCACAUUGUUUCCUCACGGCCUGAUGGAGGCUGACGGUGGGAACCACCACCUUGAGGGUUUUCUUGAGAUAACUUUAGAUUUUCUUGGGAAAAGUACAAAGACCAAACAGAGAAUUAUCUAAUGGGAUAAGAGCCUUGAUCCCUGGUGACCUCGGGGUGGGUGUGGCCAGCUGAAGAGGAGCUCGUCAGUUUGUUUUGUUUGGUUGAACAACAGGACAAAGUCAAAAAAGAAAAGAGUGUGUGUGACAGCUUAAAAAGAAAAGGGCCAAGGACGUAUAAUACAUUACAAACAUGACAUUCAUACGCUGCAUAGCAAGAGCAUCCACAGUCGGUGUGCUCGUUGUGUGGACGUGAGGAUCCACACAAACCCUCGUGGACUUUACGCCACGUGGACCCCUUUGGACAUGUGGACGUGGAAGGCAUGAAUUGGCUUUUAUUGGAGGCAAAGGAUCAUUCCCUGUUCUUUUCAGUGUAAUAGAUCUGUUAAUCAUGUAGAUAUUAGCUUACUGGCUGCUCUUGUCAAUCUCUCUCAGUCACUGAAUAUUCAGAUAUUUUGUGCAAUAUUUUUGUAGGAAAUGAAACUGAUUAUCAGCAUUGAAUCCCGGUGUCUGUGUUUUCUCUUCUUUUUUCUUGAAACUGUGUGUUGUGUGUGACCAUCUGUCUCUGACCUGAGGUUCUGGAGACCAGUGACAACCUCAGAGGAGGAGCUCACGCUGUAAACCCUCCUCUGACCUGACAGGCUCUGCUUUCGCUGCUGCUGCUGUUGUUGUUACUAUGUGCUCUUCUCAGAACUCAUUAUCACAUGCUUCUGCUGCCCCUCCCCCAGCCCUAACCUUUAAAACUGCACUUGAAAUAUGACUUACCCACCACAGCUUUCAGCAGGUCAAGGUGGUAUUUGUUUCUUUUUCGUGUAUGUGAGGGAUAUAGAACAGUUUUCAAGAAGGCUCAUGUGAUGAAGCUUUAUUGUACAUAACCUGAAUAAACAAGCUCAAAUGAAUUCCCAUCUCUC